ACCUUGUUGCUAAGAAAGCGUAAUCAAUCAUGGCGGCAACGGGUGUCACUGGAGCUGCUGAUUAUUAUGAAAGAAAGGGAUCUCUUUUCUUGAGAUCUGAUCACAUGAACUAUGGAAGAGCAACAUUAAAUUCAAAUUGGCAUCAGGCAAGAGAAGCUGAACCAAAAGAUUAUGAUCUGAAUCAGCACGAUGAGAGAGAUUUGGGAAAAGCCACGUACAAAAGAAUUGGAAAUGUUACAAAUGGGACAUUACCAAAAACUACUUACCAAGAAUUUGCUGAUCAAACAAAAUUAAAAAAGGAUUUCACGGAACAAGAAGUUCGGAAGGCAAUGGUUAACCUUGAUACAUUAGAUCAUGUAGAUAUGGAAAGAGAAAUCGGUGCUCCCAAGCAUGGCUUUGGGUCUGUACUGCCACGACACAAUCCUGACUAUAACAAGCACUAUCUUGACAGCACCCACAGAUCAGACUUCAAACCCCCAAACCCAAACUAUGUGCCAGUACCAGAAUGUCCGCCAGACUUUGAGGAUAAAUCUGCUGCCUACAGGAAGUGUAUAUCACAAUUUACGGACACUGCCGAUUACCGACGCCCUGGUCGCAAUACCUGGCAAGAUGAGUCCGGGAUCUAUGCCAAUUCUCAUUACAAGCGGGAGGUAUUUCAACCUACCCAGACCAUCCCACCUCAGAUCUAAAAUACUGUUGAUGAACUUAUAUAUUUUAUGUCUAAAAAAUGUGUCAUUUUCAUACCAGAAGCAUUAAUAAUUUUUUUAACUUAUUUUUUUUACAGAAAAAAAUAUUUGUGAAUUUAUGUUGUGUGUGAUUUUAAUGAAAUAAAUCAUUUUUUGUAA